GGGCGGCUGAACAUCUGAAAAUUUUCAGUAAGAUAAAGAAACUUUUUGCUAUUUUCUUCUGCUUCGUUCUCUUUCUCUACUGAUCCGAUUCAGUUCAUGGAGAAAUUUUGCAGUUUCAAUCCGCUGUUUUUCUUCUCAUUAUCGAUUUCGUUGCUUCUCGGGCGAGCUUCAAGCUCCUAUGCAGGUUCCGCUAGCUCAAUUGUCAAUCCUGCUAAAGUAAAGCAGAUUUCAUGGAAUCCUCGGGCGUUUGUGUAUGAAGGUUUUCUCACGGACUUAGAAUGCGAUCAUCUCAUCUCGAUUGCUAAAGCUGAAUUGAAGAGAUCUGCUGUUGCCGAUAAUUUGUCAGGAGAGAGCAAGGUCAGCGAGAUCCGAACUAGUUCUGGGGCGUUUAUUCAAAAAUCCAAGGAUCCUAUUGUUUCUGGUAUAGAAGACAAAAUUUCAGCAUGGACAUUUCUGCCAAAAGAAAAUGGAGAAGACAUUCAAGUGUUGAGAUAUGAAUAUGGGCAGAAGUAUGAUGCACACUUCGAUUACUUUGCCGACGAGGUUAAUAUUGCCCGUGGUGGACAUCGAAUGGCAACCGUUCUCAUGUAUCUUUCCGACGUAAAAAGAGGCGGUGAAACUGUGUUUCCUUCUGCAGAGGAAUCUCAAAGACGUCAGGCUUCUGAAACAAACGAAGAUCUCUCAGACUGUGCAAAGAAAGGGAUAGCAGUGAAACCGCGGAAAGGCGACGCUCUUCUGUUCUUCAGUCUUCAUCCAAAUGCUGUUCCAGACACAAGUAGUCUGCAUGGAGGGUGCCCUGUGAUUGAAGGCGAGAAAUGGUCAGCAACUAAGUGGAUUCGUGUCAAUCCUUUCGACCAGAUUGUGGGAGACUACAUGAAUUGCAGUGAUGAGAAUGCAAGUUGUGAGAGAUGGGCUGAGCUCGGCGAGUGCAAUGAUAACCCAGAGUAUAUGGUGGGAUCUCCUGAGUUUCCUGGCUACUGCAGAAAAAGUUGCAAGGUGUGUUCAUAAACUUCCUCCAUUCUCUAUGCACAUUCCUUAUCUUUGUGUGCCAGAAACUGAGAAGGUAGUUUUUUUAGAGCAUUUUCAUUGCAAUGUUUUGUGACACUUAGCUGCGCGUAUUGAUUACUCACUUAUAAUAGUCAUCUCAGUAGGGAGAUUUUGAUAAUUAUUGAUAUAAAUUUGAAAUAAAUUUUAUAGUUUUUCUCUUGAACAUGAGGUGUAUAGACCUGUCAACCA